AUGGAAAUAGUUGCAGAAAAACCAAAGGUACAAUUUAAUUUUUUUGUUGAUGAACAUGAAAAUAAUAAAGAUCCUAAUUAUUCAAAAUAUAUAAAAGACUAUAACAUAAGAAAUGAACCAGGGUCCUAUGCACACAGAAAGUUGUCUUUAGGUAGAAAUAGUGAACAAAGAAGAAAAGAUUCUCCUAGCAAGAAACUUGGUUUAUGUGUAGAUGAAAUAUGCACAUGUGGUUUUCAUAAAUGUCCUAAAAUAAUAAAACCACAACCAUUUGAAGGUGAAAGUAACUAUAGAAGUGAAUUUGGACCAAAACCAUUACCUGUUUUACCACCAAGAGUAGAACAAAAACCACCCAAAUCUUUACCAUUUGAAGGAGAAAGUAAUUAUAGGAGUGAAUUUGGUCCAAAACCUUUACCUAUUUUACCACCGAGAGUAGAACAAAAACCACCAAAGUCUUUACCAUUUGAAGGAGAAAGCAAUUAUAGAAGUGAAUUUGGUCCAAAACCUUUACCUGCUUUACCACCGAGGGUAGAACAGAAAUUACCCAAAUCAUUACCAUUUGAAGGUGAAAGUAACUAUAGAAGUGAAUUUGGACCAAAACCUUUACCUGCUUUACCACCAAAAGUAGAAACUAAAUUAGUUAAAUCAUUACCAUUUGAAGGUGAAAGUAACUAUAGAAGUGAAUUUGGACCAAAACCAUUACCUGUUUUACCACCAAGAGUAGAACAAAAACCACCCAAAUCAUUACCAUUUGAAGGUGAAAGUAAUUACAGAAUAGAAUUUGGUCCCAAGCCAUUACCACCUUUGCCACCAAGAUCAGAAACUAAAUUAAUUAAAUCACUUCCUUUCGAAGGUGAAAGCAAUUAUAGAAGUGAAUUUGGACCAAAACCAUUACCUGUUUUACCACCAAGAGUAGAACAAAAACCACCCAAAUCAUUACCAUUUGAAGGUGAAAGUAACUAUAGAAGUGAAUUUGGACCAAAACCAUUACCUGUUUUACCACCAAGAGUAGAACAAAAACCACCCAAAUCAUUACCAUUUGAAGGUGAAAGUAAUUAUAGAAGUGAAUUUGGACCUAAACCAUUACCAACUUUACCACCAAAACCAGAAGUUAAAUUAGUGAAACCACUAGCAUUCGAAGGAGAAAGUAGUUAUAGAACUGAAUACACAAGAAAAAUUAUUCCUGUUUGUCCAGUUACCUUAUUACCACAGUAUCCUGCACCAACUUACCCAUCUCAACAUGUAUUUUGGGAUCCUGAGAAAAAAACAUGGUAUUAA